GAAACACUAAUACAAAUACUGUGAACACCACCCAAUGUUCAAACGUUUACGGAGACACAGUGGCUAAGAGAAGCAGCUGUCAGAUGUAUCGUAAAGAAAGUUCGGAGAAAUAUAUUUCAGCCUGAGUGAAGGUCUCUGUAGGAAGCUUAUAAGAAAAGUCAGCAAUACAGCGAAGCAAUGAGAUACAGAAUGAAGUCCUUAGGAGUCUUGCUCUUUCUUGGAUUUUGCCUUGUGACAUCAUCUCACGUGUUGUUUCAUGAGUGGACCAAACUGAUUCUGACUCACCACUGGCCACAGACGUUUUGCACAAUGGAACACUGCCAUACGAGGUUUAACUACUGGACCUUACAUGGAUUGUGGCCAGAUCGUGGAGUUGCAUGUAAUUCAUCCUGGCACUUCAAUGAAAGUUUAAUACAGGACAUCUUGCCAGAUAUGGAGAAAAGUUGGCCAGAUCUUUUCAAUCCCACGUCUACUUCCUUCUGGAAGUAUGAAUGGCAUAAACAUGGAACAUGUGCAGCUACAGCUGAGGCCUUAAACAGUCAACAUAAAUACUUCAGCAAGGCGUUGGAGCUGUACCACAAGUUCAACCUCGAUGGAGUCCUGAAACAGAAUCACAUUGUGCCUUCCGAACAACACUACACUCUGGAUGCUGUUGAGGGGGCGAUUUUGAAUUCCUAUGGAGUGAAGCCAAAGAUUCAGUGCCUUCAUCCAGGAAAGGGUGGAGAGUUUCAAACCCUGGGCCAGAUUGAGAUAUGUGUUGACAGGGAGUUUGAGCUGGUGAGUUGCGAAAAGGCCUUGGAUGACAUAUGGAGCAGAGUUAAUGAUAUUUUGUCAUAUGCCUUGAAUGGUGUCACAGGAUUCAGUGUUUGUGAUGAGGACUUGCCAAUCUAUUAUCCACCGCUGACAGGGAAGUUCUGAUCUAUCAAAACCACAAAAUCAUGCGACUCGAGACAUUUCACAUGUCCUCCCUCAUCUGUGCACAGAGUGACUGAAAAUAUGCUGAGACAAGUAAAAAAAAAGGAAUAUUCUGGAACUGCUUGGAUUAUAAAAACAAAAAUAUGUUUGUUUUAAAUAACUUGAAAAUUCACCUGAAAACAGGGCAGAGUUGUCUCAUAUGAGACAAUACUUCAAAAUAAAAUAAACAUUUCUCCUUUAGUGUAUAUAGACAUGUUUUUGGAAAUCAACAUAUGUAUAUUUGAGACCUUUUGUUUUCAGAAUAGUGCAUUAACAAACUGUUGGUUCGAAAUCAGUAAUGAAUGAUUUGAUGACUGGGCAUUUUAAGCAGUGUGGCUGUAUUUAGAUCGAUUCACAAAAAGGAGCUUAGUCUCCUGGUCAUCACACCUAAGCCUCUAUAAAGAUGACUCAGGACUACUUUGCACUGUCACCUGGUCACAGGAUCAACAGUAUAAAAGCUGUGCUUGUGGACCAAACCCAGACGAGGCAUGUUCAAGUCUCUGCCACUAGAGGGCAGUAAAUACUCUUUUAAUGUCAGGAACAUUGGAACCUGGAAGAUGAUGUCUUUGUUUUUAUGCUUCUGGGUUACCUUUGUCAUUCUUUUUUCUUUCUUUAGGACCUCAAUUUUUUUUUAGAAAUGUAUAGAAAUAUCCUUAUUAUUGUCAAAUUCAUGUAAAAUGUCUUUGCACAAAAAUGUACGAUAAGUUUAACUGCUGAUUCUGAUGAAUCUGUUAAAAGUUGUGUCAAGAUUAUAUGAUACUUAACUUGUAGGUGUUGCAGAAGAGUGGAAAUUAGGUAACUGUCUCUUUAAAACUUUCCAAGACAAGAAAACAAUUUCAUGACAAAUGCUGAGUGGUUCUGAUCAUGUAAACAUAUUUUCAUAAUAAUUGUUUUUAUUUCAGAAUCAUGUUAAUUAAGCACUAUGACUCUUACCAUUAGUUCAUCCUCAACUCAACCAAUGGAAAAGAAUCAUGCUAUUUCAAAUUUUUCUAUUUUGUUUUUUUCAUAUGUUUGUGUUAUACCAAGUCCAGCCCUGGUCUCCUUUAAGAUACAGUGCCAUUUUGUCCUAAUUGUAUUUUAGCUCCAUAAUUUUCAUUUUUGGUGAUGUUCAUUAAUUAAACAGAAGUGCUCUCUAA